CACACUUAGAAAGCUAAAUUUGUUAGUACCGCUCUCUACGUUUUCAUACACAUUUUCAAAUUUUAUCUACAUCUUCCUUGCAGUAUUUUAUGCGAUAUCGCGCAUAUGGCAGUAUGUUUGUGACACAGCCGGUCUUUUUUGUCAUAAUAGUUCAUUACUGCGAUUAGGGUGAUCAGAGGCAGUUGGACACAGUGUUGCGCAGCUUACUUGCCCUCUCAGCACCCCACAGUUUCUCUUCCUUUGUCGUUUUGUGUUUUGAAGUGUUUGCAGAUCUGGGAUACUGACUAAAGAAGCGGAAAGUGUAGUGAAGCUGCUGUAAGACUGGAGGACAGAGAGACGCAUCUCGGUCCUCCGCUUGGCUACAGAAGAUCAACGCGGAUAAACGUGCUUGAGGAUGGAGGAAGAUGCGCCAGUCAAAUCGUCAGUGGCUCAGCUGGCUGGAAAACUCAAAGGUCAUGCUCUGCCAAUGCCAGGACUGGAGGUGAAAUCUAUGAGAAGACCCCCAUGUUCUCUGGUGAUAAACAACCAAAAAGAUGAAGAACAUGAAGAGAACGUGUCCAUUUGUCCUCAUCAUCCUAAAUUGAAGAUAAAGAGUUCACCCCUCAUUGAAAAACGACAGGCCAAUCUUGCUCUCUCUCCAACUGUCCUGCUCUCCCCACCCAAAAGUCCAGAGUCCAAACAGCCGUCCACAGCCUGCAGUCCCAUCAGCCCCUGCAGCUCCCUGAGCUCCACCCUGCAGCCCAUCCUGCAGAACACUCAGCUGUCCUGUGAAGAUGAGGCACCAGUUAGCUUCGAGCAGCCAUUUGAGGGUACUCCACUGCCAAGCAUCAACAAGAGUCGGGCUAGGCUGUCUUUUAAGCGACGGCUGCCCACACGACAACACAGGAAGUCAGCAUGUGAGGAGACAAAAUGGAACGAUGAUUCUCCAUGUGAACCAGAUAGUCAACAGCAGAAUGGAGAUGAAGGGGAAUUGUAUAAUGGGCCUUCACAGGAGGAUACUGAGGAUAAAACAGACUAUGUUCAACCCACCAAUGGCCUUCAACAGGAAAAAGACAGGACAGAGCACUUAGAUGUACCCCAAGAAAAUGAGGGGACUGAAGUAACCCAUGUAGGAAGUAAGGAGGAAGUAACUGAGGGAGGAUAUGAACCUUCUGACUCUAAACAGGCUCAAGAAGAAGAAAAGGAAGAGACAGCAGAGGACAGGAUAGAAGUGAAAGAGGACAAGGAAGUUCUGGAUGAAAAGAACAACCCAGAAUAGAAAUAACAGGGUAAUGGUCAUGAAAAAAAAAAUUAGCUUUUUUUAAAUUUAUUUCUAAAUUUUUUUGCACAACAUAAGGCAUUGAUUUAGCAACCUAGAAUAAUAAGAAUGUUAUGGCCGAUAACAGUUGAAUUAAUGGUGUUUCUAACAAAAUUUCAGAUGGAAUCGCUGAGAACAGACUCCAGAAUAGAUGAAGAGGGACAAUGUCUAAAUGCCAGAAUUGAUUUUUUUUCAUUUAGGACUGUGGAUUUGUGGACAUAUUGUCAUAAAGUAAAUAUUACACAAAGGGUUAAAUGUUACCAGCACACUCGUGGCAAUUUGUUGCAAUUUUAUGUUUUGGAGUAUUGGUGGUGAAUUUUUAUAAUCUCAUUUGUAUGUUUUUGUAAACUCUGCUUGCACCCCACUGCUGGUUAGGUUUAGUGGUGGACCUUUAAAAAAAAUCAUAAAUUUUUGUACAAAUG